AUGGCUCUUAAAAAGAUAAGAUAUGAAUACUUUUUAAAGCAGAGAAUCAAGAAAUAAUAGGAGGAGAUUUAAGAACAAAAAAAUACAUCCACUUAAAUUUUAAUAAACAAUUUUCAGCUAAAUAUACUACUUGAUAAGAUAGACUAGUAAUCUGAUGAUUAAAAAGCCUCAAUCGUUUUGAAGCCAGUAAUAUAAAGAUAAAACCUUCAAAAAGAAAGUCAUACAUACAUUAGAGAACAAGAUGACGAAGUAUAGUUUGAAGAGGUUCACACACUUGAGAGCUUUUUAGGAAAUAGACCAGGCUUAUUAAAGACCCCUAAUUUUAUGAAAAACAGCUAGACUCAGGUGUUGAAGAUGAAACCUCAUUAGUCUAAUGUAGAAUUUGAAGAUUGUAAAAUAGAGGAUUUAAAUAUUCAAAACUAGCAAUCUCUGAACAACCCUAAUUUGCUUAGAGUAGAUGAUUAUUAAGACAAUACAACUAUAAACUCUUAUCAAAACUUAUCAUCAAUAGCAACUAUUAAAAGGAAAUCAAUAGGUCUAACCAGAAGAAAAAGCAUAAAUAGAAAAGAAAUUAGAAGAAAUUCUAAAAGGAGCAAUUCUAAGUAGCUUAGAAUAAGUCCUCCAUCCUAAAAUUAUACAAAUCUUUGA